GUUUUCUUUGUUUACUGUCACACUCAUUCAUGCAUCCACCCCGCGCCCCUCCUCCCAGGUGGAGGGACAGUGACGCUGGCUGCCUGACUGUCUCCUCUCAUCGCCGGUCCCCCACCCCCUCCAUCCGUCUCCCACUACAGCUGGACAAGCCAACCGCUAACCAGCUCGACGCCCUCUUACAGGACAGGGAUUUGAAGAUUGCGUCCUCGCGUUUGUAACCAGAUGUAGGAGAGGAUUAUCCCGAGGUCUCCUCCAUCUUGUUUCCAGCCGGUGGGGGGGGCUGCAGAGACAAAGGAGGCAGAGAAGAAGAGGCUGUGGAGGAGAGCAGAGAGGGAUCACAUGCAGCUCAGUGAAUGAAGUGUAAUUAGCGCUAGAGAAAGAGAGAGGGGCGGGGGGGAGGUCACCUGUGGAUGUUGAAAGAGGAGGAGGAGGGGGAGGAGGAGGAGGAGGAGGAAGAGGAUGCAGGCUUUCUGAGGAGCUGCACCAUCACCCGGCACAUCCAGAAAGAGGGGAAGGUAGAUGCUCCGCAGCAAGUGUUUCACUGUGAAAGGUUCUCCAUGGCAGAGGCCGGGCGUUCUGUGUCACAGCUGUGCCCACUAGGGGGGGCUGUUUCCUUGGAAUCUACCCUCUCUGGUCAGUCUUUCUUUGCGGCGCCCAAAAGCUCUACGGAGGCUGCUACACCCUCCAGACUGCCUGGAGAACCAGGUAACACCUCCCAGGAGGAGCCCAAGGGAGCUGUCAGGGACGUCUGUAAAGAGCGUUUAGCAGCUUCUCCUACCAGAGAAACUAACUGCAGCAGUCUGAGGGCCGACAGAGAACCUGGUGAACCGGAACGAAGCCAGUCUGAACACUGUGAGCCCCAAAGGGUCCCCAGUCACCCUCCUAGUCUGGCUGAGACACAUCCGACCUCACGUCACCAUGGGACAGUCGUGAAUGCAAACAAUGACAACCCUCUGGCUGGCGGGACCGAGAAGGGCAUAAACCCAGCUUCCCUACCAGUUCACAGGAGUCCCUCGGACACUUUGCCUCUGGUCAUACAGGGAGUAGCCCCCCAGGCUGCAGUCAGCCACAUGUGUGGACUCGUGUACCACGGUGGAGAUAACAGCACCCAGGAGGCUGAGAGUCACUCUAUGUUAGCCUGCAAGCAGCCCAUGCAGCUGCAGCAGUGCAACAUCAUCACCACUAUUUGUCGAGGGGUUAACAGUGGAGAAGGUGUUGCCCGCCCCCCCCACAGCCGCUGUGUCUGUGUCCCGUUGCCCAUGGCAACAGCCGAAGUGGAAGGUGUUGGGGAAAAGUCCCAUCUUCCCCCUAAAUGUGACAACAAAGCACUCUGCUAUGGCUCCUACAACCAUCAUGUCAAUUUUGAGGAUACCUUUGCUGCCUACUGCCAUCCCCAGCCCAUCCCUGCCCCCCCCCAGCUGCUGCCACGCCCGGCAGCAGCAGAGCCUUCAGUGACAAACCAUCUGGCCCUGCCUCGCCUCAUCUCCUCUGUCAGCGAGACGGGCCUGGAUGCCAAACACCUGAUGCGCUGCUGCAAUCUCCACUGCUCUUGGAUCAGCAUGCUUCCUCCAGGUGCAGGGCAACAGGCCCAAAAACACUUUGGCGGAGAGGAACGCAGCAGCAGCCCUGUUGGCCGCGUCAUCAGCCGGGACAUGGGGACUAUGACAGCGCACAAAGAGCUGAGGGAUGUUGGGGUGCAGACAGGACAGACUGUCCCACCCCAUGUGUUCCCCCAGAUCUGUCUGGCAGAGGAGAGCAGGAGUGAGACCUCCUGCAGCCAGACAUCAAACACUGAUAGAGAUAAAGGCAAGAAACCGGGUGGAGCCUCUAAGUCCCCAGUGAAGGAGGUGAUGUGGGAUGCAGAGGGGAUGACGUGGGAGGUGUACGGGGCCUCUGUGGACCCCGAGGAGCUGGGCCUGGCCAUCCAGAAACACCUGGAGCUGCAGAUCAAGGAGACAGCAAUCCAUGCGGCCAAGCUGUCCCGUCAGGACAACAACACCACCCGGCAGGGCGGGAACACCAGCUGGAAAAGAAAGAGGAGCAGGGUGAUGGGCUCCUUCCGAACCCCGGCCUGCUGCACUCGCAGCACUACAGCAGUGGACUAAGUGACCACAACCUGAACACUGUGUACGGCUACAACAGCCUCAACUCUGGUAGGAAGGUCAAUGGAAGAUAGAAUGAAUGAUAUAUGGAAGGGCUUGUGAAAUGUUGAUUAAAGUUAUCGUUAUGAAAAAGGAAAAUCUUAAUGACAGAGUGCUGGAAGGGAAACUUAUUGUCAACUAACAAGAGCUUUUUCAUCAUUUUGUUGUGUAUGGUUAAAUAUUUCUUAUAUUUCCUCAAUAUAAGUAUGGAAAUCAUGAUUCCUGCAGCUGUGCACUGCCAGUGUUUUACAGGUCUGUCUUCAUAAUAGACACUUACAAUAAGUACUACUCUUGUAAACUGUAUAAUGGAUCUGUGGAGAGGGGAACAUCAUCUAUUUCAACACAGAGACACCUCAACCCCCGUAGAUUUUCCCUUAGUGUCACCCUCAGGAAAACUUUAACCCCACUUUUGGGAAGGCUACGGCUCUAGGACUAGCUGCGUCAUGAUCUACACUAACUGUCCAACACUUUAGUAUAAUUUGUGGGGGGAAAUGAACAUUGCAUCUCUCUCUCUCUCUCUCUCUCUCCUGAGGCAGAUGAUAGCCCAACUGUUUGAGAUUUCUACCUGUUCAUAUAAGGUUUUU